AUGGAAGACUCAAAGGUGACCGAGGUCCAAGAGGAGACCUUCGAGGCCGGCUCCCAUGUGAUGGCAUACGAUAGAGAAGGCAGAUCCGCCCGAUUCGCCAAGAAGAAGUCGCUUAGUGACAUCUUCACGAUUAUCUGUGCCGGCGCGGCCUUGUUGUCAGACGGGUACCAGAACAACUGCAUGAACAUGCUAAACUCUGUGUUCGCUGUGAAAUAUCCCAAGACGUACGACAACACGAUGAAGACCCGUGUCUCCAACGCACUGCUCGUUGGAGCUGUGCUUGGGCAGGUCGUGGUGGGCGUGACCGGAGACUAUCUCGGAAGAAAAUGGGCCAUCCUGACCACCACCUCGAUGAUUGUGAUCGGUACGAUCCUCGCCACUGCCGCCCACGGCACCACUACGGAGGGCAUGUUCUGGAUGAUGAUUGUCGCAAGAGGCAUCACCGGUUUUGGUGUUGGGGGAGAGUAUCCUGCCAGCUCAACUGCGGCGUCGGAGUCCACCAACGAGGCUACCCGAAAACGAGGAGGGCUGUUCAUUUUGGUGACGAACUUGCCACUCGCGCUCGGCGGCCCCUUUGCCCUGAUCGUGUUCCUGAUCGUCUACCCUGCCACCGGCAGCGGCGCCCACCUGUCCACCACCUGGAGAGUCAUGCUUGGCAUUGGGUGCAUUUGGCCGCUCGCAGUGUUCUACUUCAGAUUCAAGAUGGCCACCUCCGUGCUCUACAAGAAGGGGGCCAUCAAGAAGAACGUGCCCUACUGGCUUACGUUCAAGUACUAUUGGCGCAGGCUCCUCGGAACCUGCGGCUGCUGGUUUAUCUACGACUUUAUCACCUUCCCAAACGGCAUCUUCUCGUCCACCAUCAUCUCGUCGGUGCUGCACGAUAAGUCUGACCUGGAGAAGGUUGCGGAGUGGAACUUGCUGCUCGCAAUCAUCGGCAUCCCUAUGCUGUUUGUCGGCGCCUACCUCGCAGACAAGAUCGGUAGAAAGCACACCAUGUGCAUUGGCUUUGCGGGCUACCUUGUCAUCGGCCUUAUUAUCGGCUGCUCGUACAAAAAAAUCACCAAGAUCGUGCCGCUCUUCAUUAUUUUCUAUGGCAUUUUCAACGGGUUUGGAAACCUGGGACCAGGAAACAUCCUGGGUCUCGCUUCUGCAGAGUCGUAUGCCACGCCUGUCCGUUCGACGCUGUACGGUCUCUCCGCUGCCUUGGGCAAAACAGGAGCUGCCGUUGGAACCCAAGCCUUUACUCCGAUCCAGAACAACCUCGGAAAACAAUGGACUUUCAUCAUUGCUGCACUCCUGGGCCUCACUGGUGUCGUUAUCGCCUUCCUGUGUAUUCCCCACUGUCUCGAAGAUGACCUCAUGCUGGAGGAUAUCAGAUACCUUAGCUAUUUGAGAUCCCAUGGCUGGACCGGCGACUUUGGCGCGGAGGACGAGAUCGACAGCUACGAACAGAAGGCCUCCAGCCUGGACGACAAUGCGAUAAUUGAGAAUACCGAGACCGUGUCCGAGUCCACCUAA